CCCAUUCCCAACUCUCUCUGCCCACCUUACCCUCACCCCACGGUUAUAUAACCUCUGAAAUGGAAUUUGGAAAUUCUUCUGACCCUAUCCUGCUUGCUGAUAGAGCUGAGCCAGUGGCUGGCAGGGGCAUAAUCUAACAGGCGAAACUGGAAACACACACAUUCACAGUCCUCUCGUCUCGGCCCAGAGACUGUGCAGGCAAGGAAAGAAAGACUCGCCCGUCUCCCCCCUCCCUUCCUCUGGCCCAAGUUUUACACUGACUUCACCCAACAGGCACCUGACCCUCCCAGAUGAGCUGGGAGGGGCUAAAGCACCAUGCGCACGGGGUGGGGGUGCAGGCAGAGAACGAUAUUUAAGAUGCUGAGUUUGCAGGGCAUUCAGGCUCGGGGAAGGAAAGCUAUAGGAUACCCAACGAAGCUGCACUUUCAGAAACUCAAGCUCUGAGAAAGAGCAAGGAGAGAAAACAACCAAGUGAGCACGUGCGAGGUUGUAACUGUUGCAGCUUUGUAGACCACAGCUGGGCUGCAGACCACAGCCGGGCACAUCCCGACUGCCCCCAAAGGAAGAGCCCUCCUCACACAGGCCCACGCAAGAUGCUGGCAAAGCCUCUCUCAGCCGUGACCUGGCUCUGCAUUGUCGUCUUGGCCUUUGUCAGCCACCCAGUGUGGCCACAGAAGCCCCCUAAGCGCAAGACACCUGCGCAGGUCAAAGUGGCCGCCUGCUGUGAGGAGGUGAAGGAGCUCAAGGCCCAGACAGCCAACCUAAGCAGUCUGCUGAGCGAGCUGAGCAAGAAGCAGGAGAGGGACUGGGUCAGCGUGGUCAUGCAGGUGAUGGAGCUGGAGAGCAACACCAAGCGCUUGGAGUCGCGGCUCACGGAUGCCGAGAGCAAGUACUCGGAAAUGAACAACCAGAUCGACAUCAUGCAGCUGCAGGCCGCGCAGACUGUCACGCAGACCUCGGCAGAUGCCAUCUACGACUGCUCGUCCCUCUACCAGAAGAACUACCGCAUCUCUGGAGUGUACAAACUUCCUCCUGAUGACUUCCUGGGCAGCCCUGAGCUGGAGGUGUUCUGUGACAUGGAGACGGCAGGCGGUGGCUGGACCAUCAUUCAGAGACGGAAGAGCGGCCUUGUCUCCUUCCACCGGGACUGGAAGCUGUACAAGCGGGGCUUCGGCAGCAUCCGCGGGGACUUCUGGCUGGGAAAUGAGCACAUCCACCGGCUCUCCAGACGGCCAACCCGGCUCCGCGUGGAGCUGGAGGACUGGGAGGGCAGCACACGCUACGCCGAGUACAGCCGCUUUGUUCUGGGCAACGAACUGAACAGCUACCGCCUCUUCCUGGGCAACUACAGUGGCAACGUGGGGAAUGACGCCCUCAUCUAUCACAACAACACAGCCUUCAGCACCAAGGACAAGGACAACGAUAACUGCUUAGACAAGUGUGCACAGCUCCGCAAAGGUGGGUAUUGGUACAACUGCUGCACAGACUCCAACCUCAACGGGGUCUUCUACCGCCUUGGAGAGCACAACAGGCACCUGGAUGGCAUCACCUGGUAUGGCUGGCAUGGGUCCACCUACUCCCUGAAACGAGUGGAGAUGAAAAUCCGCCCGGAAGACUUCCAACCCUAAAAGGAGGCCUGCGGUGGAGCACAGCGGGAGAAAUGGAGACAAACGGAGGCUGGGCGCGGGCGCGGGUGGGGGAGAGGAAGCGAGGACAGCAAGGGUAUGGAUGGAAAAUGGCCUAUCAUCUCCAAUAAGACAGUAAGUCUCUGAGGAGCACAAUACAACUGUAUGUACCAAGGAUGUUACAGUAAACAGGUUGAAGUAUUAAUAUUUACACACGAUGGGUCCUGACACGUACUUCUCAGGGGGCUGGCCAGAGUGGGCUUUAUCUGCUGUGAUCCCUGACACAGCAACAAUUUUUCUUUACCACAUGAUUUUUCUAUGAAAGAAUAACUGUGAGAUCACUUCCUCCUUUUUCUGUAUGGCCUAAGGUUAUGUGAGGGUAGAAAAAAGUCCCUUUGCUAAAAAGAACCAUAUUAUUUUGAUUCUCAAGGAGAGGCCCUGGGUGUUAGAGAAAGGAAUGGAAGAGGGUGGUGGGGAGAGAGUAGCUUCUACUUUUGAAUCCAAUGAAACUACCUUCAGCCAACACAUUUUCUUUUUAAAGACAAAAAUUGUUCUGCUGGAGGGGAGCUGACCCAGGCUGGACUUGACUGGAGGGCACUGGGCCUUGCACUGGGCCUCUGAGCACUUGCCCUGCUUGGCCUCAAUCAGGGCACAGCACUGAGAGUAGGAAAUGGGUCUAGCAGUGGCCAGGGAGCUCCAGUGGGAGGUGGGGCUAAGUCCCCUUGUGGAUGCGUGCACGAAGUUGCCUUAAACUAUUCACAGUUCACAGAUACAUCUAUCUUUAUUCACUUUUUAAGAAAAGGGCUUCCUCUUUUCCCUUGUCUAUAAAAACUGCCUAAAAAAAACAAAGGUAGAUGGCACUAUGCUUAAUAACUCAUGCUGUAUGUAAGCAUUUUGCUGUGUAAAAAUAAAAUAUUACAGACUGUUUUAAACAUUCAAAAUUUCUUUUCCUUCUACAAUAAACUUUUAAAAUUUG